AUGCAGUGGUUCAUUGAGCAUCAUCACACGGUUGCCACUGCAUAUCGUGAUAAAUAUGAUGAAGCUGUUCAUCCGGUGUCCGUCGCUGCUGCUCUGCUCUGUAACAAUGCUCAUUUGGUAGCUCUUCGGAUGAGUGGACACUCGCCGUCUGACCAGUGCGUCCACUUUGGUCCCAGUCAGUUUCCGCUUUAUUUUCUGCCCGGUCAUGCCUGUGUUGGUUGCUCUUUCAUGCUUUACAUUGCGCAAACUGACUACUGUGUACUUCUCGUGGAAGUCCCUGCUCGCAUCGUUGAUCCUGAUCCUGACAUUUGGAAGAAGAGUGAGAGGGAAGAAGCUGCUGCAUUUCGCGUGCCUUUUCAAUCAAAAGCUGAUGUACGAGCCGAUAAAGUGCUCCGGCUUCUAAACAAUGGUGGAGAGUGCGGGGAAACUGGCGUUUUUUGAUUGAUUUUGGUGACGUGUUUGAGGCUAUUGCGAUCGCUAGCGGCAGCAGACAUGUCAUUUUCGGGCCUGAAAAAGCAGCUCAACAAGGCCAACCAG